AAGAAGAAGAAGAAGAAGAGGAAGAAAGAGAAGAAGAAGAAGCUUCACUCAGUUCACUUUCAUACUCCGCUGCAAUCUGGGAAACAGAGUUUAUUUGUGAUUUGUGAAAAUGGCUGGCGUGCAGCCGCCACCCGUCCGCAACCUGGAUGAUUUUCUGCUUGGCACGGCUCGGUUUGCGGUUCCAGAUCUUCGGGACCUGGACCGCUGGAACAACCGCAUGAUUAAUAAUCUUUUGUACUAUCAGAGUAACUACUUCUUGUCAGCGCUGGGCUGUCUGCUCGUUGUGGGGUAUUUCCAGCCCCUCCAGCUGUUUGUUGGGAUGACAGUGGUCACCGUGUUGUUCCUGGGCUUUGUUUGGGCUGCGGAGAACAAAGCGCCCAUCCGCCGUUUUCGUAGAAACCACCCACUUUUUACGGUGCUCACCAUUCUCUUGGCCAGUUACCUCUUCAUAUUAGUGUUAGGAGGAGUGGCUGUGUUCCUGCUUGGAAUAGCAUUCCCAGUACUGAUGGUCCUCAUCCAUGCAUCACUGAGGCUGCGAAACCUAAAGAACAAGCUGGAAAACAAACUGGAAAGCAUCGGUCUAAAGAGGACCCCCAUGGGGCUCCUGUUGGAGGCCCUGGGGCAGGAACAGGAGGCUGGAUCUUAAACACAGAAGGAGAAGGUGAAGCAGGGGCUAAAGAAGAAGAUAGAACAUUUUUAUUAUUAUUUUCUUUACUGAUCAGAAGCAUGAAGAAAAUUUACCAAACUUGAAGUUUUAAAGUUUGACUAUUGUUGCACAUUUGGUUAUGGUAACUUACUAGAGAAGAGACAGUGUUUCCCUGUUUUACUGUUGAACCGUUUGCAUUUUAUCCCUCAACUCUACAUACCGUAGCUUGUCUGCGGAAAGACAUUUUAAAGCUGCCUUACAUUAAUGUUGAAAAAACAUACCAUUGAAAAACGAGUGAUUUUACAUGACAAGAAUGUCAUCAGCAGAUCUGUAAUAAGGGAUCAGUGACUUUCUAACAUUUAACUUAGAACUGUUUUUCUGAUUAAGAAAUGUCCUUCUACCUGAGAUGAUAAUCUGUCAUCUAGGCAGAAAAUGUAUAGAAGAAAUGUAAAAUAUCGUAGCGCAACAUAUGUACUCCUCGGAUAUAUCACCAAUUAAACAGAGUUUUAUUUUUGAAGCUCA